GCCGCGCGGCGGUUGGAGUGCGGUGCCCCACGGCUCGGGUGCCGCUCGCUGCCGGCUGCGCAGGCGCAGCAGUUGCCGGCGGUGAGUCCUGGCCCCCGGGCGCUGUAGCGGCGGGGGUACGAGGCGAGCGUGGCGGCGGGCUCGGCCCGCUCCCUGCCCGCUGCCGCCAUGAAGAUCUGGACGUCGGAGCACGUUUUCGAUCACCCCUGGGAAAUGGUAACAACAGCUGCCAUGCAGAAAUACCCAAAUCCCAUGAACCCCAGCGUGGUUGGAGUCGAUGUUCUGGACAGACAUGUAGACACGAGUGGGAAGUUGCACAGCCACAGGCUCCUCAGUACAGAAUGGGGAAUACCUUCCAUUGUGAAAUCCCUCAUUGGUACAUGCAGGACAAAGACAUAUGUUCAAGAGCACUCUGUUGUUGACCCAGUGAAAAAAACAAUGGAGCUUAAAUCCAGUAAUAUUUCAUUUACAAACCUAGUGUCAGUAGAUGAGAGGCUUGUCUAUAAACCCCACCCUCACAAACCAGACAAAACUAUUCUGACACAAGAAGCAAUAAUAUCUGUAAAAGGUGUCAGUCUCAGCAGUUACCUAGAAGGGCUAAUGGCAAACACUAUUUCUUCCAAUGCCAAUAAAGGCCGUGAAGCAUUGGAAUGGGUAAUUAAUAGACUGAAUGCUGAAAUUGAAGAGUUCACAGCCUCAGAGAGGAACCAUGAGGAAUUCAAUGGCAGCAGCAGCAUUUGUAGAGAAAUAAUUUUAAGUAUACCUGUAUUACUAAUAAGGUUUAACAAUCAGAAGCUUCUCUCCAAACCUAAAUGCAAGUAUCCUUUGUUACUUAAAGGCAUACCUGCAUAAUUGGCCUGUUUCAAAUUUAAUCUGGAGAAAAGCUGAAUUCAUGCUAAUGAGGCUGAUGCACAAAGCCUAGUUAACAUGUUGGUUCAGCUGAACCGAAUUUCGGUUACAGAUGAAGAAAUUAUUUUUACAUAUAGUUCCUGUAUUUACAUGAACACUAACUUCUAAUGUUGGCAGACAUGAAAUAACCUCAUUUAGCGAUGAGGCUGCAUAUGGUGGAGGAGACUGGCAUGCUUGGUUAACUUCUGUGGGAUUUUUAUUUCAGUGUGACUUACGGACUACCUCUUUUGGGACCAAGCCCAAAACUAAGCAGAAUGGUUUGUUCCAGCAUUAUUCUAUCUGUUAAGUUUUGAUAGUUGUGUGAAACAACUUGUUUUAGUAGAAAGUUUAUUACUUGAUGCUUGAAAUACAAAAGAAUGUAUGAAAUAAUUUUUGAUAAGCUUUUUAACUUGACUGGUUGAGCUAACAUGGUACUCAAAUUGGUUUUCAGCCAAUACAGAGAAAACAUAUAAAGUGUCUCUUAUGUACUAAGAUCUAAAUUCUGCCUCUAAAACUGGUAUUAAUGAGCUGGGUCUGCAGUAACUUAAAAUUUUAUUUUGCACUUCUGUACAUAUUUCAGUUUCAAAAUAAAGGGGUACACCAAGUGUAGGGCCUUAAAUCUUGCCAGCUUCUAAGGCAUCUAAGAAUAGUGGGCAUUCAGAAUUUCAGAGAACCACUUUCAGGACUAAAAACAAAGAGGUUGGCUGAAGAGAUAGUCAAACAUAAGAGGAACUAAUAUUAAGGAAUAUUAACUUGGUCAUGCUCCAAAAAUAACCUCUUUUGUCCUUCAAUUGAAACAGUGUUCUGAAGUUCCUUUACCUUUUGAACUAAACUGCUCACAAUACAGGGCUCUUUAAAUUAAAACCUUGAGAAUAAAUAGUUUUCUACACCUGAUGUUUUGUUUCUUGGUACUUGCUGUAGAUUCUUGGUACUGUCACCAGUCAUUAGCUAUGGGAAUGUAAAGGUCAGACCUUGACACCCUACCUUUCAUAGUACACCAGUCUGCUGGUAGUCCUGCUGACUUCAGCAGGGACUAUCUGUCCCAUGAGCCUCCUCAGUCUGAUGGAAAAAUGGAAUGGCACAGCCCUGAAUUAACUGGUGCUUGUACUUUGGUGCCAGCAGGGGCUUUUCCUGGAAUUUUAAUUCUAAACUUACAAGUAAUUUCAGGCUGCUCAGUUAGCCAUUAAGAACUGUAAUGUCACCUGUUGCCAGCACAUUUUACGUUGCAUGCCAUUUCUCUUCUGUCAGAAUUGCCUAUCGAAUAGUGUCUGCUGUAUAGAGAGCCAGAGCUUAUUUGAAGUGGUAAACACAUGGAACACAACCUUUAGUAAGAUUUGUAUAGGGAAAAAAAAACGUAUAUAUGUGUGUGUAUGUGUGUAUAUAUAUAUAUACACACAUAUAUAUAAAAAACUUCUAAAAAUGUAACUAUUCUAAUUAUUUUUCUAAAAAAACCUUUGGUUUGAGACUACCUUACUAAAUUGAAAUCAUCAAGGUUUGUUAUGCUUUUAUAGGGGACUAUUAUAAAUUAAUUAUCAUUUCAACUUUAAAAGUGUAUGUGGAACUAUUCCAGCAUUUCUGAUUAAAAAAAUGCAAUGCUUGAAACUGAUUUUAAAGACUUGUUUAGCCAUUAGCAUCACUUGGCAUUUUAAAGUUGGGAGGGUUUAAGUAUUUUUUUCUUGUACUAAGGACAGCUUAGUAUGAACUCAUAGUUUGCACUUGCACUGAGAAAACCUUACUGUGCAAGCAUAUGUGAAAGAUCAUGGUUUUCUCUCUUCUGGUUUAUUUAUAUGCCUGCAUUGCCAGUCUGUCAGGGAAUAUGGCUUUCUGUAUGCAGCACUUUUGAAAUAAAAUUUUACCUGAGUUCUGUCCA